AUGAGCGAACUCGACCAGCUUAGGCAGGAGGCUGAGCAGCUGAAAAGCCAAAUUCGAGAGGCACGAAAAGCUGCAAAUGAUACGACGUUGGCCUCCGUUGCCGCCAAUCUUGAUCCAAUUGGACGAAUCCAGAUGCGCACAAGAAGAACUCUUCGAGGACAUCUUGCAAAGAUCUAUGCCAUGCACUGGGCUAGCGAUUCACGGAAUCUCGUUUCUGCCUCACAAGACGGAAAGCUCAUCGUUUGGGAUUCCUAUACGACAAAUAAAGUACACGCAAUUCCACUUCGUUCCUCGUGGGUGAUGACAUGUGCCUAUGCUCCUUCAGGAAGCUUUGUUGCUUGUGGAGGUCUUGAUAACAUUUGUUCGAUUUACUCUCUGAAGACACGAGAAGGAAAUGUUCGAGUUUCACGAGAGCUUCCCGGUCAUACCGGAUAUUUGUCGUGUUGUCGAUUCUUGGAUGACAACCAAAUCGUCACAUCUUCAGGAGACAUGACCUGCGCACUUUGGGAUAUUGAAACGGGUCAACAAUGUACUGCAUUCACUGGGCACACUGGGGAUGUGAUGUCGCUAUCGCUUUCACCCGACAUGCGCACGUUUAUCUCAGGAGCGUGUGAUGCUUCGGCGAAACUUUGGGAUAUUCGCGAUGGUAUGUGCAAGCAGACUUUCCCCGGACACGAAAGUGACAUCAACGCUGUCGCGUUCUUCCCCUCUGGCCACGCUUUUGCUACUGGAUCAGAUGACGCCACUUGUCGACUCUUUGAUAUUCGAGCCGAUCAAGAACUUGCCAUGUACAGCCAUGACAACAUCAUUUGCGGUAUCACAUCUGUGGCUUUCUCGAAAUCCGGACGACUUCUUUUUGCUGGUUAUGAUGACUUUAACUGCAAUGUUUGGGACUCUAUGCGACAAGAGAGAGCCGGUGUUCUGGCUGGUCACGAUAAUCGCGUUUCGUGCUUGGGCGUCACCGAGGAUGGAAUGGCGGUGUGCACCGGAUCGUGGGAUUCGUUCCUCAAAAUCUGGAAU